CCAGCCCCUCAGGCACCCACCCCCCAUCCGGAGCCCCAACUGGAAGGAAUCCCCCUGGCCAAGGAUGAAGGCCACCCUCCCCCUCCUCUGCUUGGUCCUCCUGCCUCUGGUCUCCCAGAGUCCCGUUCACUCGUCCCAGGCCUUGCUGGAGCUCCUGGGGGAGGACCUGGCUGCUCUGCUGUCGAGCCGUGAGCGGGACCCCCCCUCGGCCCUCCAGGGCUCCUUCUCCCAGCUCCUGAACAGGCCACGUCCUCCCCGGGAGCCCUCUGGCGCCCCCUCCGAACACGCCUGGCUCCACCUCUUCAAAGAUUUCGUGAACACCCCAAAGAAGUUCCGAGGACACACCAAGAAAAUGGCCCAGCAAGGGUGCUUUGGGAUCAAGCUCGACCGGAUCGGGACCCUCAGCGGCCUCGGGUGCUAAUGGUUUCACGCCCCUGACGAAGCCCAGACAGGGCCGAAGGACACCGCCCCCCCCCCAGACAAAAGCACCCCUGUGCUUGCGAACUGCUGCUCUGCCUGCCUCUCUGGGUGACCCAUCUCAGCCCUCUCCACGCAAAGUUCUGCUGCAAGCAGCCAUCCGGUUCUGUUGCGGCUAUCCCUGGUAACCGAUUGGAACAAGGUUUUAAUUUGUACAGAAAUAAAAGAGAUUUCUU